GGUGACGAGCGGCCGGAGAACAUGGAGUCGGGCAAGAUGGCGCCUCCCAAGAACGCGCCGAGAGACGCCUUGGUGAUGGCACAGAUCCUGAAGGACAUGGGAAUUACAGAGUACGAACCGAGAGUUAUAAACCAAAUGUUGGAAUUUGCUUUCCGAUAUGUGACUACAAUUCUGGAUGAUGCAAAAAUUUAUUCGAGCCAUGCUAAGAAACCUAAUGUCGAUGCAGAUGAUGUGAGACUGGCAAUCCAGUGUCGCGCUGAUCAAUCUUUUACCUCUCCUCCCCCAAGAGAUUUUUUACUGGAUAUCGCAAGGCAGAAAAAUCAAACUCCUUUACCUCUGAUUAAGCCAUAUGCAGGACCCAGACUGCCACCUGACAGAUACUGCUUAACAUCUCCAAACUAUAGGCUGAAGUGCUUCAUUAGAAAGGGACCUAAUCAAGGAAGACUAAUUCCACGGUUAAGUGUUGGUGCUGUUAGCAGCAGACCUACCACUCCUACUCUAGCAACCCCACAAACGGUGUCUGUCACAAAUAAAGUGGCACCUCCAGUGUCAGUGACAAGCCAAAGAUUUGCGGUGCAGAUUCCACCUUCUCAGUCCACACCUGCCAAACCAGUUCCUGCAACAACUGCAGUUCAGAAUGUUCUGAUUAAUCCUUCAAUGAUUGGACCUAAAAAUAUUCUUAUUACCGCCAACAUGGUUUCAUCACAGAACACGACUAAUGACUCAAACCCAUUGAAGAGAAAACAUGAAGAUGAUGAUGACAAUGAUACUAUGUAAGGAAAAUAGUCUAGAUACAUUUCAGAUGCCUAGUUGGUUUUGAGCCCAAGUACUGAACUAGAACAUUCUAGAUCUCCUCAAGUUUUAUCUCAGAAAACUUAAAGGUAGCUGCAGUAUUUUUCAUAUUCAUGUGAACUGUUAGAUUUCUUAAGUACGGUUGCCAGUGUUUUUUCAUUAGGCUUCAAAUAGAAAGAGUUAAGCACUCGUUUAAUAGUUUCACUUAUGUUGAGUCCUAGUAUGGCAAUUCUAUUUUUGGAAGCAGUUUUCUGCCAUGUAUCACUGACUGCAGCACUUACGGUUCAGUUUCUGCAGCCUGAUCAGUGAACUAAUUUUUAACAGCAUUUCUAAUCUACAUUCAAAUGCUACUUUUCUUUUGUAAGAUAAAAUAGUCACUUUUAUUGCCACCAACUUUUAUAAACAAUUCUCUCAUUUAGUGAACAUUUUUGGAGAGGAUGGA